AUGUCGACUAAUAUUGCGAGUCCAACCUUUGCCGAAGUUGGAGGACGAGAAGCUACCGAUUGCCCAUUGAUGACGACGAAUGGUCAAGGCUUGCUCUCCUAUGCUCAAGGUGGACUCCUCCCAGCGCCGGCUCAUAGCACGAUAAACGCCAUACUUCGUGCUGAAGAUGACAAGCCGAAAGCAAUACUGGAUCUUGGGACUGGAUCUGGUGUUUGGUGUAUUGAAAUGGCAAAAGCAUUUCCACAUGCCAAGGUUUUUGGCAUCGACAAAACGCCUGUACCCAACGCCCAUUCAGCACCGUCAAACUGCAUAUUUGAAGUGCACGAUUUGAACCUUGGAUUAUCCAAAUACCGAGAGCAGUUUGAUAUCGUACACGCGCGUGCGAUUGGAAUAGGUUUGAAGAACGCACUUACGACAAUAGAGGAAGCUACUCGGUGCUUGAAACCCGGGGGUGCAGUGUUCUGGCUCGAUGGGGACUAUGAUGCUUACUCGUCUUGGCCAAGCAAGUACCUAGCACCGCUGAGUGACGAUAAUCCCAAUGGAUCCGCCUUUUCGCGACUUCUAUAUGAAAGCCGCCGCAGUGCAAUCAAAUUUGGUGGAGAUGUGUCAAGAAUGGUCGAGGCUAUGGAUAGAGGCCUUUGGGAUCAGUCCGAGCUCAUUGACCCCGAAACAGUGAAAGCAGCUAAUGUGUAUCUCCCUAUGGGGACGUGGCUGAAAGGAGACACACCAGAGAAGACUUCCAUGCUUCAGAGAAUGGGAGAGCUCCUUCGAGAAGACUUUAUCAAUGCGACAAAGGGGAUGGAGGCAAUGCUUCUCGGCGCUGGCUGGACGGCUCAAGAGCUGGAACAGUGGGUUAAAAAGGCUUUAGAAGGUGCAUUUUCAGUCAUCCUCAUGAUCGAUACUAACACGUCCUCACCAGAACUAAAAACAGAUCCAAUAGGCGUUCGAGCGAGAAUGACCUGGGGUCGCCGCAGAGAAGGACCUAAGCAACCUGCCCCCAACCUAAACUUCCAGGACAGCAAGGGUCUUGGGCUUUCUCCACAUCCGGUCGAUUACCCGUAUUUUGAGCUCUACUAUAACCAGGAGCAGAGCCUGGAAGCCAAGAUUGAGCGGGAUAUGGGCAAGGACAUCAACCCACCAAGUUCUCCGGGACCAAAGCCACUGGAAUCCAUUUCAACGUAG